UGGCAUUAGUGUUCUGGAAGACGCGGCGCAGCGAAUAAAACACACGAGGCUUUCUGAACAUGUUGAUGUGAAAUAAGAGGAAUUGUUUUAGUGUUAUUUUAUAUUACGGGGGGGUUUAAACCGGUUUACGCAGCUGUUGCUCCUGCGCGUGAGGGAGGCUUACAAGAAAACGGUGUGAGAUUUUUGAAGGCCUUUAUUCCUCUUUAGCUAACCCCCUCCGUUGUGUGAGUGAGUGUGUGUGUGAGAGGAUUUUUUUUUGCCCCUCCUGCCCCACUAUCUGCCCCCCCAAGGGGUGAGUCGGGCCCUUACCGCACAACCACGAGGCGAGGAGGAGUGGAGCAGCGGGAACCGGGCAGCAUGGCUGAGUUUGGGAACGGGCUGGCGGAUGAAUCGCUGCUGGACUCGGACCCCGGGCAUCCGGAGUUGGAAGACCCGGGCGUGGGCGAUGAGGAGCCAGGGCUGGAGGAGGGAGAGGCCGCUAUUGAAGACCCGGAACUGGAGGCCAUUAAAGCCCGAGUGAGAGAGAUGGAGGAGGAAGCGGAGAAACUGAAGGAGCUUCAGAACGAGGUGGAGAAACAGAUGAACCUCAGUCCUCCACCUGCUGGUCCUGUCAUCAUGUCCAUUGAAGAGAAGAUGGAAGCAGACGGAAGAUCCAUUUACGUUGGAAAUGUGGAUUAUGGUGCAACAGCAGAAGAGUUGGAGGCUCACUUUCAUGGCUGUGGUUCUGUCAAUAGAGUCACUAUCUUGUGUGACAAGUUCACAGGACACCCCAAAGGGUUUGCGUAUAUAGAGUUUGCAGACAAGGAGUCUGUUAGGACAGCCAUGGCACUGGACGAGUCCUUAUUCCGAGGCAGGCAGAUAAAGGUUGGGGCCAAGAGAACAAAUCGGCCCGGAAUCAGCACCACAGACCGCGGGUUCCCACGGGCCCGCUUCCGCUCACGCGGGGGAAACUUCUCCUCAUCUCGGGCUCGGUAUUACAGCGGCUACACGCCCCCUAGAGGCAGAGGACGGGCCUUCAGGUUUCAGGACCAGUGGAGGCUGACCACCCCUCCCCCUGUGGCCGCAGCACCCCCUACUGUCUCGGCGGCGUCUCUAUCUCUCUCUGCUCCCGCCAUACACACUCACCCCAUCCUGUCCGUGUGGGGUGGUGGGGGAGGGGGGCAGGGUGACCACCGGCCCACUGCUGGUGGCAUUUACUACAGUAACAAGCGCUGAAGCUUUAACACACGCCCCCCUACACACACACAUACACCAGUACACACACACACACCACAUAGGCUGACAUGCAUCAGGCCGACACACACACACUAUAUGCACACACAUCCACCACAUAUUUAUAUAGUGAGAGCUAAGCCACGAUAGCAGCAGCUGGUUACCUUGGCGAGGGAAGUGAUCAAGGCAGGAGCAGAGAGGGGUUUAUUAAAGGGGGGAAGAACAAAACAUUUAGGGCCCAAAAUUGCCAGCGCACCGUGCAGCUCGGCACGAUUCGAGGACUAAUGCGCGGGGCCACAGGAAUCUGCUGUUUAAAGAAGGAAGGGUGCAGAGCUUUUAUUGGUCAGGAGGGGCAGGCAGGGCAGGGCAGGGUGGAGGGUGGUGUUGGGAGAUUUGUGUGGAGAGGGAUUUUUUUUUUUUUUUUUUUUUUUUCCUUUUUUAUUUUAAUUUUUUUUCUUUUGGGCUUUUUUUUUUUUCUUUUUUGAGAUGGGGAGUGGGUUUGGAAAAAAAAAAUGUUUUUGCUUUUUUAUUUUUAUUUUUAACCCAUAAGUCUGUAAUUAGAAAAAAAAAUAAUAAAGACAUUGUAAAAAUA